AACCGAAACAUGUGGCAGAGGAUAACUACCUCAGAACAACAAACUCUCUGAUCAGUUAAACAGAGUUGAAGCCAUGGCAACUCUGAGCUUCAACCACGCCACAGUUAGAACCCCAAAGCCCAAACACUUCACUAUAAACCCAUCAAAACCUGUUAGAAUAUCUUUAAUCACUCCCUCAAACAAAAACCUCCCACUACUCCGCCAUUUCCGUACAUGUUCAUCGGUGUCUGAGAGCUCCGUGUCGAUCCAGAAGGAGAAAGAGGAGGAAGAAAAGAAGGAUUUUGAAGAUGAAGACGAUGACCCAACUGCGGAAAUGUGCUAUCUUGACCCUGAAACUGACCCUGAGUCCAUAACUGACUGGGAACUCGAUUUCUGCUCAAGGCCCAUUCUUGAUGUUAGAGGGAAGAAGCUUUGGGAGCUGGUUGUGUGUGACAACUCGCUUUCUUUGCAGUACACUAAGUAUUUUCCCAACAAUGUCAUUAAUAGCAUCACGCUUAAGGACGCUAUUGUCACUAUUUCGGAGGAGUUGGGUGUCCCUUUGCCUGAAAAAAUUCGCUUCUUCAGGUCACAGAUGCAGACAAUUAUUACAAAAGCAUCCAAGGAGCUCAACAUAAAAGCUACUCCAAGUAAACGGUGUUUGUCAUUACUUCUAUGGCUAGAAGAGCGCUAUGAGACUGUAUAUAUGCGGCAUCCUGGAUUUCAACAAGGAUCCAAGCCUCUUUUGGCCCUAGAUAAUCCUUUCCCAACAGAACUUCCAGAGAAUUUGUUUGGGGAAAGAUGGGCAUUUGUUCAAUUACCUUACUCAGCUGUUCGAGAGGAGGUUUCAUCCUUAGAGACAAAAUUUGUGUUUGGCGCUGGGCUUGAUCUUGAUUUAUUGGGUAUCGAAAUUGAUGACAAGACAUUGAUCCCUGGGCUUGCUGUUGCAUCUUCUCGAUCUACAGCAUUAGCAGCUUGGAUGAAUGGAUUGGAGAUCUGUGCCGUAGAAGCAGACACUGCUCGCGCGAGCCUUAUUCUUUCAGUUGGAAUUUCGACUAGGUAUGUAUACGCCACCUAUAAGAAGACUCCAGUGACAACUAGUGAAGCUGAAGCUUGGGAAGCAGCAAAGAAAGCUUGUGGGGGUCUGCAUUUUCUUGCCAUCCAAGAAGAUUUAGAUUCUGAAGAUUGUAUUGGUUUCUGGCUUUUGCUUGAUUUGCCUCCUCCACCUGUAUAAUCUUACAAAUAAUGAUUAUUAUGGUUGAAUAUUCAGUGUAACAAAACAUUAUUAUCAUAGAAAUGAUUAGAUUUCAUAAGCUUGUUCCUCAUCUUAUGGCAGUUCUCCCAUUCUCAACCUCUGUAGAUUUUA